AGGACCAUUUCUGUGUCUUUUUUUUCUACAGCUGUCCUCUUGUGGAGACGCUUGUCAUCCUUUCCCCCGGUCACCUCGGCAACCUUUUACUCCCUGUCCGCAAGAGGCGGGUUGCAGACGUCAGCAUUUGCGCCCUCAUCUUUUUUGCUUCAUAAUCCCGCUUUGGCAGGCACAAAGGGUAAAUAUCCAGCAAGCGCACGUGGUGGUUGGACAAUAAUGCCGUCCAGCAAAUCAUCGUCAUCGUCCUCAUCGAAGAAAGGUGCUGAAGCUGUCGCCAAGUCGAUUCAAGACCCCAAGCCCGCCAAGGAAUCGACAGACUCGUCAUCGAAAAAUCAGAGGAAGUCAUCUCGAAAACGAGAUCCAGUGGAUUAUAACGAGGAACACGUCGUCGUGCAAGAAGAAGCAGGAGCAUCGGAGACUACCAAGAACAAGAAACCUCGCCGUGACACUCCAAAAGUGUUCUCAGAACGUCAACAGGAACCUUCGCGAGACUCAAAAGGCGUGCUCCACUUUAAGGACCACCCGGAAUUUCUGCCGAAUCUCACGCCGAAAGAAGUGUUGCGUGCGGGAAGUUUUGGUGGAGGGUAUUUUCGUCCCAUACACAGCUCAGUGACGGGAGAGGACUACUCGGACGCCCACAAGGAGUUCCCCAGCGACUGGUUUGAAGGCUUGGACAUGAAGCGCAUGAUUACGUCCAAAACCUACCGGCCCGACAUCAACACGUACGGGGUCAAAUGCGGUGGCUCUCUGGAGAUGUGGGAGAGCAGCGGGUGGAUUACACCCGUCGAUCCGUACGGCGCCUUUCAAUGGUAAGUACUGCCGCUUUUUCCUUGGCCGGCGCUCGGAAGACGACGCCCGGCAAAUCGGUCGUUUUAACCAAGUAAUGGGACCAACAGGGCGUUUUCGCACGAACCUAAUGAAUCAGAUCGUCAGGAAGGGGAAACGCUUCGACGACGUGAAUGUCUCGCCUGUCAUCCGGCAGACGCUACAGCACUGGGGGUACAGACUCACCGAGGCAGACUUCAAAGCGUACUGCAAGAAAAAAGGCUUUGAGUGCCCCACUUGAGAAUGAAUUGGCGAGAAUGACAAUAAUCUUGCUGGAUCGCCCGUUCUUAGACGCAGACUGACGGCCUGUGUGAAACGGCGCGGUAGAAUGGGACCAAGGAGUGACGACUGUCACCCAAGGUGGGACGCCGCGGUGUGCAUUUCGGGAAAGAGAGAAGAAGGUGGAGGUACGAAUGCCAGUGGGUCAUUUUAAUGAUUAAAGACUACCGGAGGCAUACGCGCCACGCAGGGUGCUGGAAGUCGCAAAGAUUUGAUUCUCCUUCCAAUCAUUGAAGGAGUCUUCGCUUAGAGCGGCAAGGGAACACAUGGGAAAGCUAUGUACAUACAAGACGUAGCGUUG